GAGUUUCUGCUUUUAUGGAUCACAUCGACGCUCAUAGUGCGGUUUCCACGAGUUCGAGCUCUUCAAAAUAUGAUACGCCGGAUGACAAUAUUUCUGAACAGCGACUAUUGUGUGACGCAAAAGAAGAAUAUCCACUGAAUGAUUAUCUUUUCGAUGGGAUCAAUCAAGAAUCCGCACAACGGAGCCUUCUUCUAUGUCGUCAAACAUUUGAAACUUCCUUUGGCUUUGCUCUCCAAUCAUAUGUAUUCAAAAGAACAUCUUCAAACAGUUACGAAAGAAUAACUUAUGUGGAUUACGUGUCGGCUGAUAGCCCAGCUGAUCGCUGCGGGAUAACACGAGGCGACAUGGUCAUUGCUGUCAAUGAAAAAAGCGUCGUCACUGCCUCCCAUGCAGAAAUCGUCGAAUCAAUUGCUCAGUGUCUUCAAGUCAGUCUCGUUCUGGUCUUCAAAGAUGUAGCAAGAAUCGUGGAAUUGAGCAUGCGGUCGAUUCAGUUACGAUUCAUGCUCGAUGCAAAAAUUAGAGAAUUGAGGAUGCUCGAAAAGACGGAAGAAGAUUUGCAAGCAUUAUAUGACGAUGAACAUGGCAAUGAGGAGGAAGACGAAUCACUUGAAAGCACGCUUUACGAACUUGAUGAGGAGCUAAAAAAUGUACAAAAUCCACAAGAAAAGGAAGCAAACGGCACUGAUUAUCGCCAUCUCAUUCGCAUCAACAGUAGCACGUCUGUUGGAACUCCCCAAGUCACGCGUCUCUAGUAAAAUCAAUGUCUUUCAUAUUUUCACGUUUAUCUCUGAACACUCAUGGGUAAACAUGUAUACUCUAAUUAUAUAUUUCGAUCCCUGGUACAUAGUUGUACAUAUAUGUAUUUUAACUUCCUGUCUCCGCCCAAAAUUUGCCAUUUUAUUCCCAUUCCAGUCAUUUUGAUUCCCACAAACCUGUGAUCAUGGUUAUGAUUCUAGCCUGCCUGUUAUACUAUUAGUUUCAGGAAAUAACAUGAAGUUUUAUCUACU